AUGGCGGUUACAAAUGUACCUGCUCACCUGGAUGGACUGGACGGAACUGUCUACAAGAUAUCAACGAGUGUAUCAGGAAACCAUGCCAAAAUGGACAAUGUGAGAACAAAGCUGGGGGCUACAAAUGUACCUGCUCACCUGGAUGGACUGGACAGAACUGCCAACGAGCGCGAGGACGGAAAAGGCUCAUCUUACCGAGGGAAAGUCGCCGUGACCAACAGUGGAAAGAAGUGUCAGCGCUGGGACAGGCAGACGCCCCAAGAACACGACAGGACACCUGCUGAAUAUCCAUCGUCCGGGCUGGAGCAGAACUACUGCCGGAACCCGGACGGAGUGGACGGAGUUUGGUGCUACACCACGGACCCUGGCAAGCGAUGGGAGUACUAUGAUGUGCCAGUAUGCGGGUAA